AUGUUUUACAUGGGAUUGUUCUUUGUCAACGUGCUGAUCCUGUAUUAUGCCUUCCUGAUGGAGUACAUCGCCCUCAAUGUGGGCAUCGUCUUCCUGCCCGAGGACAUGGACCAGGCGCUGGUGGACCUGGGGGUGCUGUCAGACCCCGCUUCUCUGCUCUACGACGCUGACAACGAGCUGGAGGGAUACCUGGAGUAA